AUGGAAAAUCGGGACCUUCAAUCGGUGUUUGGUGAGGACUAUCAGAAUCUUGUCGUCGUCAUUCAGGAUUUACUGAACGAAAAACGCAUUCACGUUUUGCAGGGUCCUGAUGGAUAUGUCUUCCAGUUGACUACAAAUGAAGAAGUUGCUAAGCAAACUCUGCUCGAAAAAUUGGGCGAGCAAGAUAUGAUCGUUUAUCAAUGCAUCGAGGCAGCUGGAGACCAGGGCAUCUGGAUUCGAGAUAUCAAAGUCCAAACAUCACUUCACGCUUCCGCCAUCAAUCGUGCAAUUGAGAAAAUGGUAAAGCGGAAGCUAAUCAAGAGUUUCAAAUCCAUCGCCAGUAAAAUGAAGAUUAUGUACAUUCUAUACGACAAAGAACUUCCUAAGGAUAUCACUGGCGGUCCGUGGUAUGUGGAACAGGAGUUUGAUCUCGAGUUUAUAAAUGUGAUGAGUACAUUCGUCCAGAAAGUGCUUCGUGAAGAUCAAUAUAUCGAAUGUCAAUAUCCUUUCUAG